AUAUAUAUAUAUAUAUAUAUAGACAUAUUUUGUGUCAUGAAAUUCAUUCUGCGAACUGAUAUAUCAGAAGUUAUAGGAGUUGAAGGUGGAAGAAGAAGAAUGUUGGACUGUGGGGCAGUGGUUGUGUCUGUGGUGCUAUACAUUCUGCUAAUGCCAGGGUUGCUAUUUCAAGUACCUGGUCGUUCAAGGUGCGUGGAGUUUGGAAAUUUUCAGACCAGUGCUGCUUCCAUUCUCGUUCAUUCGCUUCUCUACUUUGGUCUCAUCUGCCUCUUCUUGCUCGCUGUUAAGGUCCACUUUUACAUCGGCUAGUUACAUGGAUUCAUUCAACUUCUUCUUCUUUCUUUUUCAUGCCUUUCUGUUCUACCCACUUCAACAUUUACGUGUCUUUUUCCUGAGUUCCAACCUUAAUUUCUACAAAUGUUUCUAGUUUCUUUUGUUUCAUGUUUGGUUACUUUUUCAGAAAGCAAUAUUAUUCACUUUCAUCUCUGAUACAUCUGCACAGGAUUUGAGUUACAGCUACUUAAAU